AUGCCGAACCUUACUAAACGCGACACCAGCAAGCUGGAUGAAUUCGGUUCCCUUGAUUACAAGCAGCCGAUGCCUAAACAGCAAGAUAUGCGUACCUCCACCUAUCUGGGUAAUCGGUACAUCAAUGACACUAUGUAUGGUAAUAAAAUUCAUGCCAAAAUUAAUGAAUCCCGCCACUUUGUCGAGGAUGAAGUGUUAGUAAAACAACGUACUAGUGAUUAUAAGGCCAAUUAUGUGUGGAAGUUCGCUGAUCCUUAUGAAGACCGUAAUCCAACUUUACCUAGGAAAAUGGAAAAUAUGAAAACAUGCUACGAAAUGAAACUAAAAUUUCUGAAACGUCCAAUGCAACCAGCUACAAGUGUAACACGCUCAGAUUUCUCAUGGAACCCAGAGCAUUCAAAUUUAGCACCAGUCUAUCCACUAUUACCAGCUCCGGUCGGUUCAACUAUUGUUACCGUGGAUCGUAAUAUGCACGGCUAUAGCAAGUACUUGGAUCCCCAAGCUACCACUCAACGUUUAGAUUAUUGUUAUCGGUCUCCCAACGAUAUAAUGCAAGGUAUUGGUGCCCACGAUAAUAUAACAUUUUGGAAUUGGAAAGAUAUUGAACUUCGCAGAAAGAACGUAUUUCGCCACAAAGAUGUUCAGCAGUGCGAUAAAUUCGCUGCAGAUGAAUGUGUUAAACGACGUUGCGAGUUUGCCAGUCAAGUAAAAUCGGUGCCCUAUUCCGGUAUGACUACUGAAGUGCGUCAAAACUAUAUUGAGCCAAUUAAGACCACAAUCGAUUAUGAUACAAGUCAUUUUCAAAACGAUCUGGUGUACGAACCUGCGGACCAGUUACCCAAAAAAACAGAAUACAGUAUAUUGGGUAGUGGUGAACGUACGCAAAAAUUUGUCUAA